AUGGCAGAGGAGAAGGUGUUUAGGUCCAAUGAAGUGUUCGCCGGCGAUGUGUCUUCCUGUAAUAAGUUAUUGAAAGGCCUAAAAACAACUGUGGCAUUGGCAUUGUGGUUGGGACCUAUUCACUUCAACGGUGCCUUCUCCCUCUUCUCACUUUUUUUCCUCCCUCUCUCAAAGGCACUCUUGACAUUUGCUUUGCUGUUUGUGUUUGUGGUGAUUCCUACCAAUGAAAAGAGUAAAUUUGGUCGAACAUUGUCCAGGUUUAUAUGCAAACAUGCUUGCAGUUAUUUUCCCGUGACACUUCAUGUAGAGGAUAUAAAGGCCUUCAAUCCUAAUCGUGUUUAUGUUUUUGGUUAUGAACCACAUUCAAUUUUGUCGAAUGGCAUUAUUGCACUAACAAGCAGCACAGGUCUCAUACCUCUUCCUAAGAUAAAAGUUCUUGCAAGCAAUGUGAUAUUUUAUAUACCAUUUUUGAGACACAUAUGGACUUGGUUGGGUUUUACAUCAGUGUCGAAGAAAAAUUUUCUGUGGCUAUUGGAUUCUGGCUAUAGUUGCAUUCUUGUGCCUGGUGGAUGGCGAGAAAUCUCUCUCAUGGAGUAUAGUUCUGAGGUUAUCUUUCUUAAGGAAAGAAGAGGAUUUGUCCGCGUAGCAAUGGAGAAGGGCAAACCUCUUGUUCCAGUUUUCUGCUUUGGGCAGUCAGAUAUCUAUAAUUGGUGGAAACCAAAUUGGAAGUUGAUUCUCAAUUUUGCAAGGGCCAUCAAAUUCCCCGCAAUAUUUUUUUGGGGAAUUUUCGGGUCUCCAAUACCAUUCAAACGUCCAAUGUAUGUUGUGGUAGGUAAACCUAUUGAGGUCAACAAAAAUCCAGAACCAACCAUGGAGGAGGUUGGCAAAGUACAUAGUCAGUUUAUUGAAGCACUUGAAGAUCUUUUUGAACGGUACAAAACUCAAGCUGGGUAUCCAAACCUUUCGUUGAAAAUUGUUUGAUUACAAUCAAUCAAGGCCAUGAAUAUGAUCGUGUGUAUUAUUCCUUAUUUCAUGUUUUCUUAAUGUAAUAAAUUUAUCAGUUAAGUAGUUAUCUAGUGUUUUCCUUUUUGGGAAUUCACCUCAAUAAUUAUGUCAUUCUCUAUUAUUGUAAAGUGUUCCUCGCUCUUUUU